AACCCUCAUAUUUCAGCAUAGAAGAACGCACACAAACCCAAAUGUUGAAGGUGCCAGGUGUAACCUUUUAUCGGAAGGCCAGAUUCAUCAUUCGAUCGCAUUCGUCCCACACAAACAAACACAACACACAAAACGAUCGAGUUGGAAGCGCAACGUGUUUGGCAUGUCGACAGAUAGCUAUAAUACAUAGCUGUAGAGAUUGGUAGACAGAGAGUGCUUUACAAGUCAACUUUUAAAAGCUUAAGCCAAGGAUUGACUUAACUUAUUAUAGUCUGAUCUGACUUGCUUGACUUGACUUGACUUGGCUUAAAAGUUGAGUUUAUUGAGUUUAGAGGAAAAACAGGAAAAUGAUAGAUCUUUCUACUUUUUUGAUGAGAUGGUUUUUUCUGUGUGGAUUGAUGAGAGAUGGACCAGAGAUUCAGACUUUGCCUUACACUCCCUACCAGCAUCAUCAGUACCAACAGUAUGUACACCAUCCCAUUCAACCUCCUUCCAUUGAACCCAGUCAACCAGAACAAGGUCAGCAAGUUCAGCCUGAACCUUAUCAAGAUACAAGUGCUUUGGUGGGAGUUGGAACCAAUGGAAAUCCUGAAGAAUCUUGGAGAAGUCAAUGCUUGCAUGGGAUUCUGUCUUAUCCACCAGGAAGUCAAAGAGAAUUGGUCAUGGAUGCCAUGAGAUGUGAAUUGGUUCAACAGCUAGAUUACUUCUUGAAAACCAAUGAUCAGAAUGACAAUGCCAAUGAUCAGUCCAAUUCAUCAAGUUUAUCAGAAAGUUCAUCAAAACAUGUAUCAGCAUCCAAUUCAGGCAGUUCAGCUAGAUCAGCUGAAAGCAGGUCAAAAGGUGCAUCAGAAAGCAGAUCAGGCAGAACAAGUUUAUUGCAAUUGCAAAGCAAAAACAAGAAAAAGCAAAUUCGAGAUUGUCUGCCUCAGUUGGUAUCAGCAGUGCUACGGUCUCCAGCACCCCAUGAUUCCAAUCUCGUGGAUCCCGUACAUCAGCUACGACAAAUCAUACUGGCCAAAUGUCAGCAAGAUCCUAGUUGGGGCAUUGAACUCUGUUGGCUACUAGAAGCCGAAGUGGGACGAAACUGGAAAUCCAUGUUUGAACACUUGCAACAACCCGGACGCAGACUCAUCAUUGCCUUUCCAUCCGACAAGGCCGUUGCCAUUGCCAAAAUUGGAGUUGAAAAACGAGAAGCAUUCGAUCUACUCCAAGAUGUUGAAACCGUCACGGCUUAUGGAACCUACAAUCAACAUUCACAUCAGACGCAUCAUCAUCAUCAUCAUCAUACAACACAGUCCACUGUGCUGCCAUCCAGUAUCAGUCUUUUGCGAUGUAGUCACUUUGGAGAUACCAUGCAAUUCGUGGAUCGAUUGACGCAAAUAUCCAUGGAUCUCAGAACAGUUCCCGCCAUUAGUAGAUUGGACCACCUGCAAGGAUGUUUGUACGAAAUGAAUCGAAGACUGCGACGACGCAUGGUCACUAGAGGACAAGUCAGUCUAGACGUAGAAGACCAGCUAGGACCAUUCUCGUGGCCUACACUCAAAGACAUGGCACUCGAUAUGGUACACCAUUCCGUACAUUUCCCACUCGUUCCCAAUGCCGGAACAUGGCCUGCGGGCACUUCACCCAAGGCAGAACAAGGAGGAGUCGUACGGGUACUCAAUAUCGUCGUACCACAGACACGAUUGCUGGCGUCCCGAGAACGAUGUCCGUAUCUGGUACGAUUGGAAAUUGCCGAGACUGGAUUCGACGGAAGCGAUGCUCGACUCUAUGCCACAGGCGCCCCGCAACUUGGAGUCACUGUCGCCGAAGCACUAGAGUGUGCGGUCGAUACUGAUGAGAGUGACGAUGACACGAACAGCAAUGAACAGCCAUGUCGCAGCAUUCCACCCGAACUACUCACCAUGGCGCCCGACAAUUACAAUUACACUGCCACAGACAACACUGCGCUGCGAGGAGGAUACCAACCAUACGUGAAUGAUGAGGAUACCUACUCGGCCGAUGCGUACCAUUCGGUACGACAACACGAAUACGAACAACUCCAUCACCACAUGCAACAACAGCAGCAGCAGCAACCGCGCCCACCGCCGCCCAACAAUAAUCAACCACAACCACAACAUUACGACAACGUGAACAACAACAACAACCAAAAUGGCAAUCCUCCUCCUCCCAAUUUUGAACGACCCGUCGUGACGUUGGGAGAUACAUUACUCGACCGGGUCUUUGGACAGCCAUGGAAGGAAGUUUGUGAUGAAGUACGAAAGGAAUCUCCCUACGGACACGUCAAGGGAUGGCAACUAGCAUCCUUCAUUCUAAAAGCGGGGGAAGAUAUUCGACAAGAAGCACUCGUCAUGCAAAUGAUUUCCAAAUUCAAAGAAUGGUUCGAGACGGAAAUUCCACCCGAAACACGACCCUUCUUGAGACCCUACACCAUUAUGUGCGUCGGUGGAGACGCGGGGUUGGUAGAGUGUUUGACCGAUGCCAAGAGCGUCGAUGAAGUCAAAAAGGUCACGGAUGGAUUCGUGUCCUUGCGAGAUUACUUUGAGCGUGCCUACGGACCGCCGGGAUCGCAACAGCAUCCACAACAAUCAUCUACUGGUGGCCUGACCUUUGAGCAAGCCCAAGACAACUUUUUGCGGUCGCUCGUGGGGUACAGUUUGGUCUGCUACGUUCUGCAAAUCAAGGAUCGACACAAUGCCAACCUACUACUGGACCGUGAAGGGCACAUUGUGCACAUUGACUUUGGCUACGUCCUAGGAGAUAUGCCCAAGAUGGCCUACGUACCAACGUUUACCGAACGAGCGCCAUUUAAACUCAGCGACGAGUUCUGGGAUGUACUGGGAGGAUGGAAUGUCAAACGGGGUGGUCUGGGCGUCAAAUUCUGCAAAAUGUUCGAAGAAGCGUUUGCCUGUGCAUCUGCCCACUCGGAUGAACUAGCCUGCAUGGUGGAGGGAAUCAUGCUUACGCUCAAGGGAAAUCCCACCGAGGCAAGGCGGUGUGCCAACAGCGUUCGCGCCAACCUUCGCAUGAGAGGCCCGCCGAAUUCGAUACAACAAAAGAUGUUCAUUCGGGAGCUCAUUGCCACUGCGCAAACGAGUUGGACCACCUCAUCGUAUGAUUGGUUGCAACGACAAAUGAACGGGUACCUGUAAACCAGGAGGAGGUAUACUGCGGUGGACUCGGUGCCGUCGUACACAACAUGGCAACGCACAGUUAGAGCCGCAUCUUAGACAGUCGCUUCGUUUUGUGGGGGUUUGCAUCUGUCGGGGCUUGGUAUUAAAUGAGUGGAACCAAAAGAAGACGGUUUGUGAAACAGAAAGUAUCCGAGCGAAUGAAAGGGUUUUGCUUUUGAAUUCGGUCGUACGUGAUUUCAUGUCGUAGCCCACUUUCGACCGAUGAAGAGGCGUGUUCGGGAGGUGGGAAGACGAUCGAGAAAGCAGAUGUAACGAACAGACCACAACUCUGAUGUCACUACGAGACUGGAAUCUAUCUGGGCACGUCUUAUUCCCACUGUUCCGCUGUGGAAGAAGCAUCCCACUUGUACCGGUAGGCUGACGCAAAGUCAGAAUAUCGACGAAGCAGUGUUUGAAUUCUCCUCGGAAUUGGAGCUAACCUUGUAAUAACCCAAGUUUUUGCUGUGGUGCCUUGCGCUUCCGAGUUGAGCAAAAUCCCCUCCCCGUAUUUGAAAUGACUUUGAAACAUUGCUCGAGCACCGAG